AUCCGGUAUCUGACUUCCAAAAACCUUAAACUGAUCAAAUUUUACAAAAUGGAAAAUAACGUAAAAUAUAGCCUUCAAUAAGCCUUCAAUUUCUAAGGAGAAUGGCGGGCCUGACCAUAUCACAGUUUAAUGUAAGGGCUAUACCAGAAAUGCAAAUAAUUUCAAAACAAAAUUGUAUUUGAUAUGUCAUGAGCAGAUAUUAAAUGUAUUUAGUUUAGUAUUUAUGUAUAAUGUAUAGACAUGCAUAGAAAAUAGUAUAGAAAACGAACAAGUUUGUACUUGUCAAUGACUCAAUUGUUUAACACUAUUUAUUACUAUUGCUAUUGACAAUUAAAAGUUAAUAAAGUUUAAAAUUAGGGUUAAGAUUUUUUGGGAAGUUGAGUAAGGGGCUUAAGUUUAAGCUUAAAACUAAAAAAUUAAGCUAAAAAGUCUAUUGGCUAAAUUAAAGUAGGUACUGUAACAGUAACUGUAUUAUUUACACAUAAUACAGCUGUCCAGAGAUAGUUUAAAAGCUCCAGACUCUAGAGUUAACUUUAUAUUACAUUAUUUAUAUCAUAUUAUAUUAUGAAUAAUGAAAUCAAAGUCAGCAUUCAGGUCUUUAGCUUGCAUGUUUUGACUAGUUAUUUAGCUAAAAAAUUUAGAGUUCUACCUCAAAAAAACUGUACAAUUUUGGCGUAAAGAAGCAAGUCGUUAAUUUAUUCUACAGUGCAACUAUUGGAAGCCUGCUUAAUUUCAGUAUUACCUGCUGGUGUGGGAAUUCAACGUCUGAUAUUAAACACAGCAUAAACCGACUAAUCAAGAAAGCUAGAAACAUAACACAAACUAAACAUCCUUCACUUGAACUAUUUGAAGAAAGAUUUUUUGCAAAAACUAAACACAUUUUGGAUGAUAGAUCCCACCCUCUUCAUCCUAGAUACUUAGGAUCGGGCCGUUCGGGAUGAAUUCUUUCCAUCAGGGCGAGGACUGACCGAUAUAAAAAUUCUUUUGUUCCCCAAUCUGUACGAAUUUACUGGCGUGCUUCCUCUGAAGUCACACAUCUGAAUGAGAACAAAUAAGUCCCCAAUUUUGCUAAGAGAACUCACUGAAUGGCUGUUUGAAAUAAUUUAUUAUACAUGUCUUGUGUUCAAAUUGUUUUAUUUUUGUGCUGAAAAUGUAUAAUGCAAUCAAAAAACAUUUCAAUUUAUUUGGAUCAAUAAAAGAAUCUUAUCUUAUCUUAUCUUAAAAAUUGUAAGUUUUGUAAAAAAGAAAUAAAACUAAAAUGCUUAGAAUUAGAAGUUAGACUUAAACUGAGGCACUUUUACUUUCAUGGAUCUAACAACCAACAAACAAAAAUCCACAAACAUUUUUGAUGUUUACAUAGUAAGAUUUUCUGAAACUUAAACAUUUUUAUAUAAUUUGUGAUUUAAUGAUUUAUCACUUUUUUAAAUUUAAAUAAUUUUUAUAUCUUUGUCUUCAAUUUGGAUUGGGGGCAGGACAUCUAUCAGUGGAGAGAUGCCUAAAAGAAACCCUCCCUGCCUUGUCAAGUAGAAUAAGAGGUUUUGAUAAAAAGACUCUUCUUCCCAAAGCCUGGGUGUCAUAUUUUAUCCCGCAGUUUUGUUUCUCCCUCAAAGUACAAUACAAUACUUUCCAGACCUAUUUACAAUUUUGGUGUAAAAUUUAUGAUUUUGAGAUAUCUCUUACUAUUGAAUGCUUAGACCUGUCAGAACUGCAAUUUAAAUCGACAGGGUUGAACAUAUAUAAAUUUUGGUAGUUUUUCAGAUUAAAACAAUUUAAAAAAUACAUUUACGGUUGUUAGUUUUAGAUUCUCUCUGCAACUACCCGUGAAUAGAUUGGUUGGGGACCAUCUAUUAUUACAUUGUGUUUGCCCUGAAGGUGGUGGUUUUGAUUUAGAAGAUUUUGUGUACGGGUGUGCUUUGAGGGUGUCCAAAUAUUCAAGUCUAUAAAAAUAACACUGCCCCGUUUUCGUAAUGAUGGUCAUAUGAUUGUUUUGUGUUUUCUCAAACUCAUUUGACACAGCAAAAUUAAUAUUAGCUUAGUUGCUCUAGUGUAAGUUUUAGUCAAUCCUCACUUUUGCUUGCUUUAAUGCUGUAUUGCAUAACUUUGUGACAUAAAUAUUUCGUUCAGCUGAACCUGGGCAAGUGCAAAAACUGAAAACCAGCUAUAAUUUUUUUCAAAACGAUAAUUCAUUUUCAACUGUUACGCAAAGCAACAUUAGAUUUUGACAUACUGAGAGGGCCUAUGAGAUCUAUGUUUAGAACUCAUAAAACGGCUGUAGGAUUUUCAAUAGCCCCAUUUGGUUCUAACACUCUGCUUCCUUUCACCCAUCUGCAGCUUUAUAAUAUGUUAACGGGAAAUAGGCUUAAUGUAUAUUGAUUCUUAUAUUAAAAAAAAAAAAAAAGCUUUUUGCUAAAAAUAAUUCUCAAGUUACUUUUUAGGUUUUGUAAAUGAUGUCCUCAUUUGUUGAUUGAUUCUUAAUUCAAUAAAUUUAUUUUAUGCUGAACUGACUUUGAGUUUGAAUCCCGUUUAAUUUCACCAGUAAAUUUAUUUUUACCAGUGUGAUACCAGACUGUGAUAAUGUGAACUGCAUGUUCACCAAAAUGUUAAUUGAUAUCUUUUGCAUAUACGCGUCUGCAAAACAAAAGGACAGCAGAUCACACUAUCAUCUACUUUUGGAAGGUAGCUUUUUUUGCUGCCAGCUUAACUGGACAUGCGAUUCUAAUAGUUAUUGUAUACAUUAUAUUAACUGUAUGUUUAUUAAUUUAUUAUUAAGAUAAUGUAUUGUAUGAUUUUGAGACAAUCUUUUAUGAUUUUAGGAGUUCGAAGGUAGGCAGAUCUGCAUUCACAUAAUCUAACAAAAUUGCUCAUCCCAAAUUUGUAGGAAUUGACUGAGAAAAAUCACAGAAUGUCCAGUACAAGCUAUCAAACCUCUGGUGUCAUGGCAGUUGGUGGUGCUCUUGGUGCAAGUCUUGGCAGCCAGUUACCGAGGCUCACCUUAGAAACAGAACUACAAAAAUUGCUCACUGAUGAGAAAGCCAGGGCUGAAAAACAUAAGAUAAAUUAUCAGCAACUAAAACUAGAGCACACAAGGUUAGCCUUGUAAUCUUUUUAGUUGUUUUACAUACCACAAAAAUAUUUUUUAUGCUAUUAUCAUUCUCUUUUUAAUAUGGUUAUGUUUAACCUUUUCAAAAACAGCUGUUUAACCAUCCAAAAGAAUUAGUGGCUUUUUUAUAAUGUCUUUUAUUUUUUUAAUUUUUUAAACUUUGUACUUUAUAAUAAAACUUACAAAAUAAUCAUCUGAUUAUUUUUUAAUGCUCACUAAACUUUGUCUAGACUUCAGGACAAGCUAAUUGAGCUGGAGGCUGAAAAUAAAUCAACUAUCGAGGAGUCUCGUGUUGUGAAGGAUAAAUAUUUGGCUAUGUAUGAAGCGUGUAGUCAUGACUUGGCUGAGAAAAUUGCAGAAGUUGAGGAAAUGAAAACAAAGGUAUCAUGUUUGUCAUGAACAAAGGUGUUAUUAGUUAUAGACUUGUUUAAUAAAGUCGUCAUAUCUUAAUUAAUUUUAAAAAAAAAGUCUUAAAGAUAAAUAUUUUUUUUCAGUUUUAAUUAUGAUAAAGCUAUAAUCAAUUUUCCCUAAUUGUUCUUACUCUUUAAAUUUUUACCACAAAUAUUUCUAUGUGACUUAUCUUGCAUGAUUUUUAUUUAAUUCUUUAGAUGAUCACACCUCAGAGAUUGGAGUUAAUAAAAGCUCAGAUUGUUGAUGAGCUGGAGCAGCUGUACAGAGAAAAGGCCAAAAAGCAAGAAGGGGAGGUGGAAGAGUACAGAUCUGCUCUGAGCAAAAUACGUUAUGAAUUAUCUUUCUUGAAAGCUGAAUUUGAACAUGAUCAUGCAGAGCAUCAACAACAAAUGCAGGACUUAAUAAAGCAACAUAAUAUAGAGGUAAAGAGUUAUGUUAUAGGGGUAUAUUUUCAGUUUUGAAAUCGGUUGUGCCUGAUUUGAUUUUUGUCAAUAAAAAAAAUGUGCUAGGAAAUAUGUUUUUGAAAUUAUUAUUUUAAACUUGGAUUCAUUUUCUUCUUUCAAUUAGUUUUUUUUUUUAAUGCCUCCAUAUCCCACUUUUCAAAGUGAGGCAAUGCUAUGAUAAGAAGCACAGUACAGAGACAGGUCUUUUGACUUUGACUUAGUACUAGCAGUAAUGAGAAUACAUGAACAGGUAGUUUAAAUUUCAAACAAUCUCUCAGUUUUGAUAAUUGAUUGCUGUUAUUAGGUAAAUGAAAGUGAAAGCUAAAUAGUGUAGUUUUAAUAAUAAUUUAUGUAUGAAAGUUCUUUUAAUUUGUUCAAGUUAUUAUAAAUCUUGUUGUGACACUAGUAACAAUGCAUUAGCAAAGCCAGAUCUGAGCAUUGAUUAGAAGUGCUUUGAAAUAGGCCUUCAUGAAGCAGUUAAACUAGACAUGAUUCAAGGAAAAAUGUCUGGACUGUUAAAAUAUGUUUUGUCCACAAAUUAAUGCAUUUAAAAAGUUUUGGGGGUUAACAAAAUAUAUUCUAGUUCAAUAAUGUAAUUUCAUAGACCAUAUGGCCUUGAACUUUGAUGACAUAGAAUGGCAUGGCAUAUUCUGAAGCUGCAUACUUCAGAGAUGUAGUUUCCAUAUAUGUCUAAGUUAUUUUUAAAUUGAAACAAAGUUACAUGGGAUCUUAAAUUAUGAGUAAAAUUGAAUGAUUCCUUUCGUAUGCCAAAACCGUCAUUGCCAAAAAGGGCUCAGUUUCCUGGAAAAAGAAAGAUAGGUUCUGAAGCUAUCCUUCAUUAGGUUAAAGCUAUCCUUAAUUAUAAUGGUGACAAUUAUAAAAUUGAUUUUAUUUAAAUGAAAAAAAGUUGCACUCUGUUAGUGUUUCUAUUGUUGAGUUUUGAGUUAAGCAUUGCCUGGAAGUAUUGACUGAUUUGACUCAUUUGUGUUGUGUAAACCUUCUUUUCAUUUCUUUUAGAUGGAAGCAAUCUUUAAAUUUAAAAAUCAAUGUAUUAGAUAUUUCUUUCAAAAUUUUGUCAAACUCAAGUUUCUAUUUAAUGCUUACCUUUUUCAUUCUCUGUCCAAGAAAUGUGUAGAAUGUGUAAUAUAAAAAUGAUGACUUUAAUUUUAAUGAUUUCUGUAGCUCACUAAUGUGCGUCAGGAUCGUGAUACCACUAUUACCAAAGUUCAAGCUGAGACUGAUCAAGAUACUCAGAAAGUCAGGGUUUUACAACGGGAGAAUGCUCAGUUGUAUCUACAGGUAUAAAUUUUAUGUCCCAUUUGUCAACACUUUUUUUUGUUUGUUUAAUUUUUAAAUUUAGCAAAGAUGACAAAAUCUGUAGAUGUAUUUGAGGUUAAAUGAUGAGCUAAUAAACAAUGUUUAAAUAAUAAUCAGUUGUUUUUCACAGAAAGCCUAUGAAAUUAUAGAUCCUUUCAACUUAAAAUUAUUCAGUAUUUUAUAAUUGAAAAUAAUAGCUUGCAUUUUUUAAUUUUACUUUUUAAAAAUGUUUGUUUCUUUCCCGCAUGUUGAUCUUAACUGUACUGAGUAAUGUAGUUUAUUGAGUCUAUAUUAACAUUUCAGUCCCCUAGCCCACCCUAGCAUCCCCGAGCUUGUACAUGCACUUUAUAAUAUUAUAACCAAGUUCUAGAUCUGCUCAUAGUUGUUGGUGAAUUUUUUUUAAGGAUGAUAUCUUUUAUCAAGCUGCUAAUUUGUUCAGGUUAAAGAGUUGCUAGUUGAGCUUGAGGAGGUCAGAGCUCAGAAGGAGAAGCUAAGCCUAGACUCCGAUAAUGUCAACCAUACACAAGCCAAGCAGAUUUCGGAUCAACAGGCCACUAUUAGAACAAUAGAGGUGAGAGAUCUUUAGGUACAAUAUUAGGUGUUAUUUCCAUGGGGCACCAGACAUAUUAAACAGCAAGAAUUAAGUCGACAAAAUCCUGCUCUUGUGUACAAGAAUUUGAAAAGUUUUAAAUAUGUGAUUUCCGUCCCAAUUAAAACUGUCUAAAACUUAUUGAAUCACUAAUUGAAUCACUAAUGGCCUUCACCUAAGUAACAAAUUAAUUAUUUAUUUAAAUUGUCUGGCUAGUAGUUAUUAUUCUAUUUUGAUUAGAAAUACUGUACAUAUAAUAUAUGCAUUUAAUUCCUGUAUCAGAAAAAAUUGGGCUAAAAUGCAAAACGUGCAAUGUGGAAAUAAUGAUGUAAAAAAAUGUAAUAAGCGUAUAAAGUAAUGAAUAAGUUUCCAUGGCCUAAUCAUUCCAAAUUUUGUUAAUAAAUAAAACUUUUGUAAAUAUGUUUUUUCUAAAAUCAUGUGUUUAAUUGAAAGUUAAUAAUUUCAUUCCAGGCAGUUGUGACUAAAUGCAUCCUUUAGGGGUUCCGAUAGAUGCAUAAAAAUGCAUUCCGGUGCAUAGCGACAUCCCUGGUGUCUGUAGGGGCGGAGCAAAUUCUCCCCCCCUGGAUUUUGCUAACAUUUUGUCAAAAUACUAUUAACAUUUCUAACCUUAUAAAAUUUACUUACUUGCUCACUCGAUUUUUCAGUCAUAUAGCCUACUUUAUCAUUAAAAUAUAUAAAUUAUGGUCAAAUUUGUGUUUGUGAAUAGCUAUUCUAUGCAAAAAUGUCAUUAUGUGUUUACAUGCUCAGGGGAUUUGUUGUCAAAAAGCAUUAGCCCCCCAUGCUCCACCCUACAAAACUUCUGCUCCAUGAGCAACACUCCUCUCUCAUUUUUAUUUAAAAAUAGCAACAAAAUUUGGCGUCCCUCAAGACAGUGAUGGCCUCAUUCUGCAUGAUUUCAGUUUUUUUAAAAACAGAUGUUUUUAUUUUGUUGCGUUUUAAAUCUAAUUGUGCUUUAGUUCGGUGCGUCUGUAACAUCCAAGGUGCCAAAAUUAAUUUUUUCUCAUUCCUCAUUAUUUUUUCACUGUUAUGUUACAUUUUUAUUAAACCUAAUUCAUUUCUGGAUGCAUUUAACCUUAAUUCAUAUUAAUUAACAUUUAGCAGCUAAAAAAAUAUUUUACAAAUGUUAAUCAGUAGCAAAACAGAGCUACUUACCUUUGUUCAGGAAUAUAAAUUAAGUACGGACUUGGCACUGCUGUCAGGAAUAAGUUAACAUUCCAUUUUUUAAUGCCAGUAUAUUUCAUCUUUACUUAAACUUACAGCUAUAUUUGUUGAAAUAGUCCUGCUAUCUAUAAAUAAAAUAGUUUUUUUUAGCUGUAUCCCUCAGGGCAUCUGAUAUUCCAAAGACGUGAUUUAACUGCUUUACAAAACGACAUGAUGUACUUUUCUACCACAGGCUGAGCGAGAAUCUCUGAAAAGACAGCUGGAAAAUUUGCAAAGGGAAGUUAUGGCAUCUUCCACAGAGCACAACAAAUUGAGAGGGGAAAUACAUGAAUUGGAGAAAAAAAACACCAUACUCAAGGGUCACACAGAGGAGGUCAUUCACAGGUCAAAGGUCAACCUCUCUGAUUUGAAGAUGGAGAUGUUGAAACAAAGGGGAGAGUUGGAGAAAGAAAGAGACAGACUGAGAAAUGAAGUGGAAGGUGGUCAUAUAUCUCAUGGAAUAAAAUCUUUUUACUAUCGCUGCGUCUUUCAUAAAGACAACUGACAUGAUUUAUCCAAGACUUAAGCCAAAAGUUGAAUAAUGCUAAGUUGUUUUGAAUUAUAGAAUGGAGUAGGUAGACUGUUAUAGAUAAUGGAUUUGCAAUGAAUAGGAUGGCAAGAAUUAAUCUUAUUAUUUUCAACUAAAUAAAAUGUAGAGUGUAACUACAAUUUUUAUAGUGUUCAAUUAAAGCUACGUAAUUUUGUUCUAUGUAAUUUGUUAGUGAUAAAUGUUAGGCUUUGGAUAAGUUUUACAAAAUUGUCUUCUCUUUACUGGCAGAUCUGAGACAUCAAGUGGACAUAGCAGAGAGUAAAGUGCAACAACUUCAGCACAUGUUGGAAGAGAAAGAGAGGGAGGCAGUGCAGAGAGUUCAAUGUGCAAGGGAGGAAGAAUUCUCAAAGAUGGCCAAAGUUGAGAAUGAAAAGUCAGUCACUUUAACAUCUCACAUGGACCAAAUGAAAGCAUAUGCAUUAAUUUGUUUCAUACAUAUCUAGGCAAAUUUAUAUACAUAUUUUAAAUACAUUUCAUUUUAAAUUUUUUAAAAACAAUAAUUCUCCCUAUUGAUCCCAUGCAUACCUUCAAUGAGUUCAUCUUAAGGUCCAGUCUUAAUACAAUCAAAUACCUACUAAUCUCAGGCACAAUGAGUUCAUCUUAAGGUCCAGUCUUAAUACAAACAAAUACCUACUAAUCUCAGGCACAUGCACCAAAGUCCCUUAAACUUGUAUGCCCUACAAUGUUUAGUGUAUAACUAGUCCAAGGUCACUUGUAUGCCCUACAAUAUUUAGUGUAUAACUAGUCCAAGGUCACUUGUAUGCCCUACAAUGUUUAGUGUAUAACUAGUCCAAGGUCACUUGUAUGCCCUACAAUAUUUAGUGUAUAACUAGUCCAAGGUCACUUGUAUGCCCUACAAUGUUUAGUGUAUAACUAGUCCAAGGUCACUUGUAUGCCCUACAAUGUUUAGUGUAUAACUAGUCCAAGGUCACUUGUAUGCCCUACAAUGUUUAGUGUAUAACUAGUCCAAGGUCACUUGUAUGCCCUACAAUGUUUAGUGUAUAACUAGUCCAAGGUCACUUGUAUGCCCUACAAUGUUUAGUGUAUAACUAGUCCAAGGUCACUUGUAUGCCCUACAAUGUUUAGUGUAUAACUAGUCCAAGGUCACUUGUAUGCCCUACAAUGUUUAGUGUAUAACUAGUCCAAGGUCUGGAUCAAGGAAUGUCAAUAAAUAGAUAAAGUUGCGAUACUGCUUUAUUUGUUGAAAAAGUCAUCAGGUAUCUAGUUGUGACAUGGUGUUUAUAAAAUGAACUUAUUUCUCAGCAAUUGACUUUGAGGUGGCUGUCAACUAUUGAUUAACAUUCCAUACCACAUUAACUUUCCAGAUUUGAUCUAGAAACCAGGCUUCAAGAGUUGGAGAGAAGGCGUAUUGAUGACGAUGCUCGGCGACAUGUUGACCAGGAAAAGUGCAAUGAGCGAGUCAGUCAGGCCAAUGCUGCCAAAGAUCAGGCUGAGAGAGAACUCAUCAGUGUCAAGUGUGUUAGCAGUCUAUCUAAAACUACUUAGAUUACAGCACUUUUAAUAUCUUUGAAAUUACUGCCAAGUUUUAUUGUUUAUCUUUGGUUAUAUUUUUCACUUUCUUAACCGUUUAUUAUAUAGCCUGUUCGUGUCCUGUUCUGAACAUCCAGCUACAUUGAGAUUAUUGAGUUUUUUGAAAAAAAAAAAUUUCUAUUUUUAAUUUAACUGAUCUGUUGUUUCUUGUUUUGUACUGUCUGCUGAAGAAGGCGUCUAGUGGAAAUGUCUGUUGAAUUGUCUGGUCUUUUCAAGCCUAAACAUACCCUUUUCCACUAUUUAUUUAUUACAGUGUGCAUGAUUCUGGACUUCUGUAUAAAAUACAAAGUUGAUGAGUUUGCCCCAGUAUAAAACACAAAGUUGAUGAGUUUGCCCCAGUAUAAAAUACAAAGUUGAUGAGUUUGCCCCAGUAUAAAAUACAAAGUUGAUGAGUUUGCCCCAGUAUAAAAUACAAAGUUGAUGAGUUUGCCCCAGUAUAAAAUACAAAGUUGAUGAGUUUGCCCCAGUAUAAAACACAAAGUUGAUGAGUUUGCCCCAGUAUAAAAUACAAAGUUGAUGAGUUUGCCCCAGUAUAAAAUACAAAGUUGAUGAGCUUGCCAAGUAUAAAAUAUGACUCAAACAAUUUUCUGUAUAAAUUAGUUAAUAAUCUAGCUGCUUAGCUUAGUUUUAAAUCACCAACAUAUUGGAGACAUACGCUCUUGUGACAGACAAUGAAAUGUCCACAGGUAAUGGUUCCAACACUGUGUUUUCUUGUUUCUCAGAGCCAAUAUUUAUUGAUUGAUAAUUUAUUUUUUAAAAAUAUUGAAUACUUACAGGACUCGUCUUAGUCACAUGGAAAGUCUACAGGAUAUGCUGGAAAGAGAACGAUCUGAAAAUUCCACAUUGAAAUCUCGCGUUCACAAAUUAGAGACAGAAUUGAGCACUUUUAACUCAGCUGAGAAUGAACUGACAGACUCCAACAUGAGGUUGAAGAACAACGCAGAGCUGCUCAGGGAAGAGUUGAAAAUGACCCAAUCACAGCUGGAUAGAUUACAAAAUAAUCAUGAGGUCAAGACAAAUGUUAUGGGGAGAAAAGACAUGCAAUGAAUAAUUAUUACUUUCUUUCCGUGUGUUUCUAAAGCAUUAAAGAUUUUAAUAAGUUUUGUUUUAUGUAAUUGCUUUUUAUUCAGCUUCUUAUUUUGGCAUUUCUCUGCAAACUAAUCGUGUAUUUCUUAUCAUAAUACACAUUGAUAAUUGAACAUGGCAAGCUUUUUAUUUCUCUUAUUUAGGUCAUCCUGCUCCAGCAGCGGUCAUCCAUGGCUGAGGACAGAGCUCAGUUAGAGAUGAGAAUUCGUGAAUUGGAGGAGAAACUUGAUCAGGCCCAGAGCAAGUACAGCCGGGCAUCAGCCAUACAUAAAAAGGUAAAGUACAACCAUAAAGGUAAAGUUCAGCUGUGCAUCAGCCAUAAAUAAAAAGUACAGUGCUGCCAGACAUCAGCCACAAAAUAAAAAGGUGAAGUACCGCCAGAUAUUAGCAAUAAUAAAAAGGUAAAGUACCGCCAGAUAUUAGCAAUAAUAAAAAGGUAAAGUACCGCCAGAUAUUAGCAAUAAUAAAAAGGUAAAGUACCGCCAGAUAUUAGCAAUAAUAAAAAGGUAAAGUACCGCCAGAUAUUAGCAAUAAUAAAAAGGUAAAGUACCGCCAGACAUUGGGAAUAAUAAAAAGGUAAAGUACCUCCAGACUUUAGCAUUAAUAAAAAAAGUACUGUACUGCCAGACAUCAGCCAUAAAUAAAGAGGUAAGUACCUCCAGACAUCAGCCACACAUAGAGAAAUAUGUACGUCCAAAUGUUUUACGAGGUUCAAAUACAGUUUCUUUACAAUCCCAGUAGAUUUUAUAAAUGGUGAUUCACCCUCCGAUAAUUCAGUCUCGGAUUAUAUGUUCAAUGCAUCACCAGGAUGGUAGAUAGAGCCUUAGGGGGUGUCAAUUAAUUACGUCAACAAAAUAGGGGGGAAGGGGAGGGGGUUUGGAAAGGUUACGACAAGGGGGAGGGGGAGGUUUAGAUUAGUUGAUGUCAAUAAUAUGUUUUUUCUACUAAAAUGUUAACCUUAGAAAUUGACUGGUUCCUACAUUAUUUUAAACAAUUUAAUGAGUGUAAAUAGUCAUAAAUGUCUAGGAGAAAGUCUUUAAAAAGUAGCCCUUAGGGGUCGUCCAUUAAUUAUGUCAACAAAAUAAAGGGUUUGGGGGGGGUGUGGAAAUGUUUGAAAUUUUUUAGGGGGGUGGGGGGUAGAUAAGUUGACAUCAACAAUCGUGUUUUCUCUAUUAAAAUUUUAAUCUUAAAAAUUGUCUGACUACAUUAUUUUAACAAACUCUUUUCUGACAUUUUUCUCUUAAUCCGCUCCCUAAAUUAAAAAAAAUCACCAAAUCAUCGGUGUCCAAUAGAGAGAGCUUAUGGCAAUUAUUACUCACACCGACAAUACUUCUAUUUUAAGUGCUGAAUGGUUAGAUAAGGAUCAUGUCGACUUGUCAGGUAUAUCAGUUCCACAAGAUGAAAAUGAUAAACAGCUACUAUAGACUAUGCCCAUCAGGGGCGUCAUUUCAGGUGUUUUUCCAGGGAAAAGUGGGGAGGGGGGGGGGAAACAAAUUUGGUUGGCUUGUUAAGUUGUUUAUUGCUGGAGGCGCCACAAUACAUAGCAAUUUAAAUAAAACCAGCAAAAUCGGGGGGGGGGGNAGAGGGGGGGGGCGGGGGCGGCAAACGCCUCCCUGCCCUACCCAAAUGAUGUCCCUGAUGUCCAUUGUUACGAUACAGCAACACCUGGCUACUCCAUGGGAAGAUAAUAGCAGCUAGAAACUAUUCUAUAAUUGUCAGCUAUACUGACAAUAAUCAUAGUUAUACUUCCACAAACAAUGAUAUUUAUUCCUUAAAAACCGUUUAAUAGAUUCUGCAUUAUAAAAUUUAAGUGUAAAAACUUGUUAACUUGUUGAGUAACAAGCUAAACAUGUAAUAAAAUGAUUUCCUAACAAUUGUAUGUGUCAUUUAAAUAGAUCAGCACAAAGUCAAAUGUAUUUGUAAAUUUAUUUAUAUUAUAAUUCAUUUUUUUUGGGGGGUGGGGUGUUAUAAAAUGUUGACAUAAUUAAAUAGGGGGUCAUCGAAAGUUUGACAGUUGUUGACAAGGUGGGGAGGGGUCAAAAAUUGUUGACGUAAUUAAUGGACAUUAUCAAUUGCAUCUUGUACAAUUAAUUCUUACAUAAAUAUAAUUCAUUAAAACUAGUUUUCUAACUUAAAAAAUGACAGACCAUCAUAGAUAAAGCACUGAGUACAUUCUUAAAGACUGUUUAUUAAAAUUUAUUUUUAAGAAUUAAAUUUUUUCCUUCAAAUUUGUUGAGUGUUAUUUUUGGUAAAUUUGCUCAAAUUUAAAUGUGAAAUGUUCACCAUUUUUUUGUUAAAAAUUAAAUUUUAAACUGAUGAAAAAAAACCCAAAGAUAUUCUAUAUGGCUAAUGUACUCUUGAUGUCUUUCUUUUGUCAAGUUGAAGAAAAAAACAGCCUUGGUGGCUGAAAGGCUUAAAGAUAAACUAAUGCUGCUUGAAGCCCAGAACACAGAACUGGACCUGGAGAAAAAAGCUUUACAGUAAGUUCUUAGAGGGGUGCCCUCUAAAGUUUAACUUUGAAUCAGUUCUCAGCUUUGUCAGGAUAUCUACAAAGGGUUAAAGCAGCGGUCCUCAACCUGUGGGUCGUGACCCCUUUGAGGGUCGAACGACCCUUUUGCAGGGAUCGCCUAAGACCAUUGGAAAAUGCAUAUAAUCAAUAGUUAUGAAGAAACCACGAAAACAAUUUGUGGUUGGGGGUCGCCACAACAUUAGGAACUGUAUUGAAGGGUUGGGGCAUUAUGAAGGUUGAGAACCACUGGGUUAAAGAAUGAAGUAAUAUUUUUUUUAUGAGAUAGUGCUUGAGAAGAUAUAAAAACAUGAUCUGUCAGUAUGUAAGUUAGGUGAAGUUAAUACAGAAUAUGAGGUAAAACAUUUCAACUAAAAGCCUUUCUCAGUUUAAAAAAUACCUGAAUUGAAUUAUAUGAAAGUUUUUACUGAAGAAUGUGGGCACAAAUAAAAUAAUAAAUGGUGAGGCAGGAAAUAAAAUCACAGUUUUGUGAAGUUAUGUUUGCUUCUUAAUAGAGCCAAUACCCGGUACACCAAAUCUGCUUAGCAACUAGUUUCAAUAUAAAUUAUUACUGGUUUACUCUGGCCAUACAACACAGUAGUCGCUGCAGUAUUUAUACAUAAAUGGUAGUCUGUAUUUCAUAAUGUAAGUGUGUAGGUUGUUUAUUUGACCAGGUAAAUUUUAAAAAUUCAUACGGUAAAUAGGUUGUACUUUAUGAUCUACUCAAUGUGGUAAAUGUACAAAAUUUGUAGGGUACAUAAGGUUAUAUUCUAUGUCUAGAGAUUUGAUCUACUUCAUGAAUGCAUCAAAAAGAUCAUUGAAAGUUAUAUGUUUUGUUUUUGACCUUUCCAGAAAGUGUGUGCCAUUCGAUCAAUAUAACCACCUUCGUAAGCAGUGGAAAGAAUUGUGGCGGCGCCACCAAGAGUUCCGUACCAUCCUUUUCUCUAUUCCAUCAGACAAUACAACCAUCUACUGCCACAGUAAAGUGACCAAAGUCCAGCUUGAUGCAUCCGCUCUUCUCAACCAGUCCAACUUUGAUAAUGAAUUAGUGAGUCUUAAAUUGAUUUUUUAACUUCAAAAAAGUUUAAGAAAAAUUAGAUUAUUAUUUCUUAUACCAGCUGUAACUAUCAAUGGCAAUCCAUUUAGUAUAUAUAUGCAAAAAAAAAAAGGUCACAUUUUCAACCAUUCACUGUUGCAUGCAUACUUUUUGGACGGACACACAUCCCCCAAAUGUUAACUUACAAGCAGCUUUUGGACACAAACACCACCCCCCCCCACGAAAUCAAAUCAUUUAUAUAUAAUUGUGACGUUUUUUAAAUAAUAAAUUUUUUAAAAUGUUUCAUGGGUUUAAAAAGUUUAAGAAAAAAUAGUUUAUUAUUUCUUAUACCAGAUGAAACUAUCAAUGGAAAUCCAUUUAGUAAAUAAAUGCAAAAAAAAAAAGGUCACAUUUUCAACCAUUCACUGUUGCAUGCAUACUUUUUGGACGGACACACAUCCCCCAAAUGUUAACUUACAAGCAGCUUUUGGACACAAACACCACCCCCCCCCCACGAAAUCAAAUCAUUUAUAUAUAAUUGUGACGUUUUUUAAAUAAUAAAUUUUUUAAAAUGUUUCAUGGGUUUACAACGCAGACUGUUUGGCCAGCUCAGUGGUUCCCAUAAUACACCCGCUCUGGCAGAGUCAUGAGAGUGUGGCAAAGAGGGCAGUCACAAUGGGCACCAAAAUCAUCUUUAGAUAAGAUGUUCAUAACGAAUUAAAUAUAAAAUCCCAUAUACGUCAGAAAGACUAGGGGCCCCAAAAAUCAUCUUUUUACUGGCCCGCCCAGUGCCAACACUUGAAUAAUUACUGUUUGCAGUUACUAGAUUUUGUACCCAACCCUUUAUUUUAUUUUAUUUAUGUAUUGGCUAUUUCGAAUUGUAUUUGUUAGAAUUAACAAAGGUCGCCUGGUGAAAACCUAAAUGUGGCAUAAGCGCAAGGAAUUAAAAAAAAUUGAGGAACCACUGGCGUAGCCCAGGGGGUGCAUAUGUCACACACACAUUGAACAUGCCAUGGACAAAAUAUUAUACUGUAGUACUGCUACUACUGAGUACUAUUUGAGCGAUAUCUAGCAAGUUCAUUUGUAAUAACACUAGGCAACAUUAUGACAAUAAUUCCUACAAAACAUUGUGUGAUAUAGCAUUCAAGAUAUAAAUAUGCUAUUUUUGGACUGCCAAAAUUUAAGGAUGAUUAUUGUAUAAUUUUUUAAUAUACAUAGAUUUCUGCUGUCAACACACCCCCCCCCCCCCCCCCCCCAAGCUCCUCCCUCAAUGUGCAUGCAUGGUUCUUAAGGUAAUGCUUGAUAAUUAAUUAAAUUUUGGCAACUGGAAAUUCGUGGACUUAAUUUUUUGUAAACCUUACCUUAUUCUUUUUUUGCCCCAAAAAAUGUUUGAUUGUUUCGAGUAAAAUUAAAUUUUCUAAUUAUCCCACAGGCUAAACUAUACAUGAAUAUUGAAUGAAUAAAUUAAAUGUUUUGCAGCAUGUUUUAUAUACAUUUAAAAAAAUAAAUUUUAGAGUUAUUCAAGCAAUUUAUGUCACUCUAAACAUUCAUGACCAAAAAAAACUAAAUAAAUAAUAUUUUUAUUUCAUUUCCUUCCUCUAGAACCAAAAUAUGUUUAAUUCACAAAAUAUCUGAUCUACAAAAAACUCAUCAAAAAGAAAUUAUAUUAAAUAAACACAUUGAAAUCAAUAAACUUUGGUGAAAAUUUUGUUUGGUUUAUUUAAAAAUUCUAAGUAAAGUAUUUAUUGACCAUAGAUAUUUUUUUGUAACUAUUCCUUGUGUCUUACAGGAAGAACAACAUCAGGAAGAUCUCAAAGUCUUACGACUCAGGCUGGAAGCUCUGGACAAAGUGCAGCAUCAGCAGCUUGCUGAGCUUACAGAUCUUACACCAAGGGAAAAGCGAGACAGUGAAAAAGAUGUGGUAAAGGAUGGAGUCAAUUCUCUCUCCGACGACCAAGUGUCAGUUGGUUCAAAUGAGUCUUGACAUCAGGUCACAAAUUUAAUCUGAUAAAUGACUACCCAGCAUUUAUUAUCCAUCUCUGUGGCGCUACAACCCUUGUAGGGCUUUGGCCUGCCUCACUACUUCCUUCCACUCAGAUCUAACCAUUACUUUUCUUUUCCAUGCUUCAUCCAUCCAUCUAAGCCUAGGUCUGCAUUUGAGCCGCUUUCCUCUGCUACUUUAUAUUAUUUUAAUUUUAUUUCUGUUACUAACAUAGGAUCCUGAUAUAGACUGAACACUUCAUGGUUGGUUUGUAUUCUCCAUCCAUAUUUACCCUUUGUUGGUCCAUAUAUUUUCUGGAGAACUUUUCUCUCUCAUGUGUUUAAUAGGUUUUAUUCUGUUUUCCAGCAUUUAUUAAGUAAGUAAUAAUAAAAUGAUUUUACCCUGCACAUUUGGUUUUGGGUGUGAUCAAGUCAUCAAGGAAGUCAUCAGAGAUGCUGGAUGAUUUAUGAACCAGUGUUUAAUCAUGACAAGGCAAUACAAUCAGUCAUGACAAAAAGCUUACAUAAAGUUCAGUUAGUAAUAGCUGAAUAUUUAGUUCAAUAUUAAAUAAGUGAUAAGUAAAAUUAGCAAUAACUAAUGUAUUAUGUCCGUCCAUUACAAGAUAUUUUACAUUGAACAGUUGUCCUGUUUAAUGCGUUUUAUAUUUAUAACAUGUGAAUAGAAAACUUUUGACUAAUGCAAUAAAAAAAAAUCUAAUUAUAUAUGUUCUGUUGAAUAAAGAACAGCUUUGCUCUCUCAUAAUAUGAGGAACUGCAUUCAAGUCGUGCAAAGUAAAUAAAAAGGGCAAAAAGAUAUUUUUAGGCUUGAAAAAAAAAAAAAGACAGCACAAUUACAAGGACGUUACGGCUUAAUGCCUUCUUCAGCAGACAAGACAAAACAAAUAAAUAGAUAUUUAAAACUUAUAGGUUCUAAAAGAAAACUUUUGACUAAUGCAAUAAAAAAAAAUCUAAUUAUAUAUGUUCUGUUGAAUAAAGAACAGCUUUGCUCUCUCAUAAUAUGAGGAACUGCAUUCAAGUCGAGCAAAGUAAAUAAAAAGGGCAAAAAGAUAUUUUUAGGCUUGAAAAAAAAAAAGACAGCACAAUUACAAGGACGUUACGGCUUAAUGCCUUCUUCAGCAGACAAGACAAAACAAAUAAAUAGAUAUUUAAAACUUAUAGGUUCAAAGAUUCUGAUUAAAAUGUAGUUCUCAAAGUCUCUAAAAGAGCAUUUCUGUUUCUUGUUUUGUCUUUGCUGAAGGAUUCAUUUAACCAAAAAGACCUUGUAAUUGCUCUGUCUUUUUUUUUCUCUUCAAGCCUAAACAUGUCAUGUUCCACUAUUGGCUUUCUGAAUAUGUAGUUUUAUUCAUUGUUAACACAAGAACUGUACAAGCAUUAUAUUAUAGCUUCAAAAUUUGUUAAAACACUUAUUGAGGUUACCUUAAAAAAAAAAUUACAUAGGAAAUUUUUUACAUAGGGAAGUAAAGCCAAAAUUAUAAUAACAUGCUCAAAUUUACAUUUUUUACUUGUAUUUUGAGAUUGCAGUGUAUUUUAUAAUUAUCAUUAAAUCAUCAUAUAAUUUACAAGUAACUAGAAUAGUCUAUGUGUGCAGAUGUAUUUUGUGGUGUAUAUAUAUUUACAAAAUGAGGGCUUGCUUCUCAAUCAAUGGCGCCAAUGAACUGUGACUAUUUUAGAAAGUGCAUCAAGUUCAAGAGAGUGUUCAAAGAUCCUGUAAUUUUGAAAGCAAAAUAAUAUACAAACUUAUGUGUUUAAAUUAUUUUCAUUUUGUAGAAAGGACAAUUAAAAGUUAUGUUUAGUGAUUAAAUAAAUAUUUCAAAUCAUUCAGCGUAAUUAAUAAGAUCCAUUUUGAAGGAAGUUUAAUUGACCUAGAUUAAGGCCAUGUAUUUAUCAGAUUAAAUCAUCUGCCAAUUUUACCUUUUUGUUAAAAAAUAGUUUGGGUGAUUUACUUUUGGCUUCAAACUUUACUCUCCACUUAAUUUGUAAUAAAACUUAAAGUUUGAAGUAACUUUCUGCAAGUUUGUAUUUUUUAAAAAUUAUUCAGAUGGUAAUAAGUAUUAAGUGUUUGUUGUUUUGUAUUUAAUUAAUUUAUUGACAUAUUUUGUAAUUGUAAGUAUAUAGAGAUAUUUUGUAUAGUUAUUUAAGAUUUAUAUUUGUGUAUAUAUUCUUUUACUUUAUAACCUAAAAAUUAACAUUACAAUUACAGUGAGCCCUGAUUUACUAAUUAUUAUUUUUAGGCAAAUAACAGUCAGUCAUGGAAGUGACAUAAAAAAAUUAAAAAUAAUAUAAUUUCAAAAAAUGUAUUCAUUAUGGAAACUUGAAUAAAACUAGUCUAUAAACUUACUACUUGUCUAUUUAUAACCUUCACUUCUUACUUAGUAGCAGUUUUGACAUGAAAUAGCUAGUACCGGUACCAGUACCAGGUAUUGGGUUAUCAAAUUGGCAACACAUUUUUAUUUUAUUCUUUUGAUGUUUCUUACAACAAGCCAUGACAUUUUUUCAGGUCCAAAGGAAACAUUUUAUAAGUUUAUAUCAUAAAUAAAUGAAGACUUUAGUAAGCCAUGCAACGAGUUUUUUAAAAUUUAUGAAUUGGUAUCAUUUCAUCCUUUUUAUUUUAGUAUUUAACAAAUUAAAUUUAACAAUGUGC